ACUUGUCGCAGCAUUCGUGGUUCCUAAAUAUCGUCAUUUGCCCUGUACUUUGCGCUGGCUAAUGGCCUCGGUUAGAGGUCCUUGUCCUUAGCCCUUGUUGUAAUUCUAAAAUGAAUGCACCUUGCUGUUUUGAGCCAACUCACCCCUGUCGUCAGCUCUGCUCUAUCGAAAACAACUGGGUCUUAGGUGGAGCACGAUGUUUCGCAAUGGCUUCGGCAGAGAUCCGAACAUUUGCAUCCAAUCCACCGGGGCGAACUCUGGUGUCUGAAGAACUUUGCAACUCUACAACAACACAUUUGCGAACAUGGACAGUGUCUGAGUCUUUUCAACAAACUCCGCAGGUUGUGCGAGUAUCUAGCAACCAGAUCGUCGGGAUGGUGGCGCGCUGCAGGGUCCCGCAGUCCCCUGCAUUUAUUGCGACCAGGGUACGCUGCGGAAUUGCAAGACAAGCUGCAUUCGCAAUCAGCCUGAAGCAGCGACCCCAGGAGCCAAUGCGGCUCUCAACGAAACGCUUGUUUACAUCUUAUAUCACUCAACCAAUUCCACGAGACUUGCCUCGACAGAUCUCUGCUUCCGCAAUAACAGACCCGGGCUAUAGCAGCAGGUGUAUGGCGACAGCAGCAUCGUCUGGCAUCGGUAAACCCGAGGUCAAGGAUAUCACCAUGAGCAGCAUCCGGCCGAAGGAGAAGAUCCGUCUUGAGGGAGUUGAGCAAACACUCCUCCCGAUGGUUUUGUUCAAGAUUCGGGAUGCUCAAAAUCCUAAGCCAAUUCUCGGAGACCCUUUCGCCAAGCAACUCCUUGACUGUUGCGACAUUGAUCUCGAGGCUUCGCACUUCAGUGCCACCACGGAUGACCGCUACGUGACGUGGAUCGCCAACCGUGCCAGGCGUUUCGAUCUAUGGGGUCAAGAGUUUCUAAACUCGACCAAGGAGCCCGUGACGGUGCUGCAUCUGGGCUGUGGGUUGGACUGCCGAUAUUUUCGGCUAGAAAGGCGACCGGAAUCAGAUGUGAGAUGGAUCGACCUCGAUCAACUCAUGGUGGUAGAUCUCCGCAAUCGACUCAUACCGGGUCCAGUGGAAGGUGACUAUGCUCUCCGGACACUAGACGUCACCAACGAAGGGUGGUUCAGAGAUGUGCCGGCGGACCGACCCACGAUCAUCAUCGCCGAAGGACUGAUGCCGUAUCUGGUGCCUGAGGAAGGUCAGAAGCUCAUAAGAGAUAUGGUUGAAUACUUCGGUGGGGGUGUGGCAGACAACGGACACAAAUGCCAGAUAGUUUUCGACACGUUGGGAAGUUUGUCGGUAAAGCUUACGAGUUAUGUCAAGGCCCUCAGAACCAGCAGAGCACAGUUCAGAUGGGGUGUGGACGAACCAGAGCAACUUCUGUUGAUUCAUCCACAGCUCAAGCUGAGAGAUCGGAUAUUAUGGCGUGAGUACAUGGACAGCCAUCCACCAUUCUUCGGCAAGUAUGGCACAAUAGCGGCGUCGGUGUUGCCCUCAUUUGACAAGAACAUCCAGUUCUGGAGAUUCGAUUUUUGAUAUUAGGAGCGCGAAAAGCCUUUGCGUUGUCCACUUUUUAGUAAAGAGCUCUAUUCUCAAUGCAAC